AUGGCCUCCUUCACCAUGGCCGCCGCCGCCCCCGCGAAGACGAUGAGCAGCAAGUACUCCAUCGGCCGCGCCAAGCCGCUCGGCGCGCGCGCCGCGCCGCGCGUCGCGGCGAAGCCCUCGCGCGCCGCGCGCCUCGCCCUCCGCGCGGCCGCGCAGCAACUCGAGAUCGUCCCCGACGACCCGAGCAACUACACCAUCGGCAUCCUCGGCGACCUGCACUGGGACCCGCGCGAUACCGCGCACUCGCUCGAGGGGCGCGAUCACAUGAAGGCGGUGCUCGACGCCAGCCCGAACCCGUUCCUCGUGUCGCUGGGAGAUCUCGGCGAGAGCAAAGAUUGCACCGAGUCCAAGCAGCUCUACGCGGGGACGACGGAGUGCUUCAAGACUGUGCGCGCGUACCUCGACGGGUUCGGGCACAAGUACGACAUCGUGGGGGGGAACCACGACCUCGAGGGGAUCGACGAGUUCUCCACGGACAAGGCUAACCUCGCGGCGUACUUGGAACACAUGGGGAAGGAGACGCCGCAGUUUUGCUACGAGAUCGCGCCCAAGACGCUCAUCGUCGGCCUCGGCAGCACGCAGUUCCGCGACGCCACGUACACCUCCCACGAGGUCGCCGUGGACCAGGAGCAGCUCGACUGGUUCGUGAAGACGGUCGAGGAGCACCCGUACGAGGACGGGUGGCAGAUCUUCUGCUUCUCGCACGCGCCCGUGAUCGGCUCCGGUCUCCGCGUCCUGCAGGAGUGCCACGUCGUCAACGGCUGCUGCUGGCUCAACCACAACGACCCCGUGGCGUCGAAGCUCUUCAUCAACACCGUGCGCCGCAACCCGCAGAUCAAAGGGUGGUUCUCCGCGCACUUCCACCUGUCGCACGAUUACGAAGACUCCAUCACGUUCCCCGGGGGGAACAACCGCGGCAGCGCCAUCUUCGCGCAGACUGGAGUGAUGACGGCGCGGUCGUCGCGCGACGGCCGCCGACACUCGCGCAUCGUGCGCGGCAACUCCAAGGGGUUCGAGGUGUGCACGGUGGACCACGCCAAGGGCGGCGCCGUGCGCCUCGACGCGACCGUCCUCUUCAGCGACCAGUGCGAGAUCGACUACGAGAACGAUCAGACGGACGACGCGCUCAACGGCUGCUCCGUGAUGACCUUCGCGCACGAGCACGAGGACUACGAUCACGACCUCUGGUUCUCCGCGUACACGCCGUCCGAGGACGACGGGUGCCGCGUGAACGAGCCGUGCGGCGAGAUCGACGGCGACUUCUCCUCGCGCGACCCGGUGAAGUGGUGGUUCAUGAAGGACGGCGCCGUGAUGGGCGGGCACAACGGCAUGAUCAUCGAGUACGAUCCGUCGACGCUCGCGCCGCUCGGGAUGGUCGUCUCGAGAGACGAGCUCGAGAACCGCCGCGUGGCGAUCAUCGACGACGAGUGGGGCGGCGACGCGCUCUGCCUGUUCGACGACGACACCGGGGACGUCACCGUCGUGCAGCCGAACGAGGACGGGUCGUACUGGAGGAAGGUUGUCCGGAACAAGAUGCACAGGAUGAAGGAGAUGCGUCGCGUCGCCGCCGCGAAGAAUUACUUCAAGAAGAUGAAGGGCGAAGACGUGGAGCUGAACGUUCUGUCGUCGUACGGACCGUACACCGGGACCGCGGGGCAGGUCAUGGGCAUCUCCACGCGCGCGAUCAACCCGAAGGCGGUGGCGAACAAAUGAGUAACUAGACCGAAUACCGACGCGCGAGAAGAGAAGAGGUCGCGUAGAAGGAGAAUUCGUUUCGAUUGAAUGUUCAAAAUAAAUUGUACAAAC